ACUUACUCAUCCAUAUGUACAUAUGUUGGAAUAUUGUUUUUGACUAAAUUGAGUACUCGGGGAGCAGCUUAUAUGUCAUAAUGAGUUCUUACUUGGAAAAUAGCGAUGGGAAGUUCAUACCAGCUACAAAACGUCCGGAUGGCACGUGGCGUAAGGCGCGGCGUGUGAAAGACGGGUAUGUGCCACAGGAGGAGGUUCCAUUGUAUGAAAGCAAGGGCAAACAGUUUGUUGCACAGCAACAGACAGGGGUGCCCCCAGGCAUGUGUCCAAUGGUGGCAGCGGAGGCAAAAAAAGCCCGCGAGAAAUUGGAGAGGACAAAAGUAAAAAAGGAUGCAACACCGUCAGCAGCUAAAAUAACGCAUGUGAUCUUAUUCCCGAAGGAGUCAAAUAAUCUACUUAGCAAGGCUCUAGACGAUAAGCUAAAGAUAAUUGAUGACGAAAUUGAUGUGGCCAAACAGUUAAAAAAGCUACGAAAAAAAAUUAGAGAAAUUGAGCUAAUUGAAAGUAAAAUAAAAGAGGGCAAUGCUCACAAGGUUGACAAAGAUCAGUUGGACAAGGUGAAAAAAAAACCGGAGGUCUUAAAGCAUCUAAGAGAACUUGAGCAGAGUCAACCCCAUCAAACAUAAUGCUCAGCCAUACAAUAAGUUUUUUUUUAUUUUAAUAAUUGCAUUGUCUAUAAAACUCAGCCCUACUAUAUCUGUUAAAUAAUUGUAUCUGCUUAUAUCUAAGUCAAGUUUCUUAAGCCUAAAA